AUGAACCCACAACAAGGGCGUGAUGCAUUCGCAAGGUUUGCUGCUCAAUUACAGAGACAAGCACGAGCUGGUGGUGGCGGGGGACCAGGCCGUGGCUUGCUAGGUGGCGGAGCUGGUUUACUAUUGCUCAUCGGUGGUGGUAUUGCUCUGAAUGCGAGUCUCUUCAACGUCGAUGGGGGUCACCGCGCAAUCAAAUACUCCAGAUUCCAAGGUAUACGCAGAGAUAUUUACCCGGAAGGUACACAUCUAGUGUUGCCGUGGUUCGAAACUCCAAUUAUUUUCGACAUUCGUGCAAAGCCAAGGAGCAUCGCCAGUCUCACCGGAACAAAGGAUCUACAAAUGGUCAACAUCACAUGCCGUGUACUUUCUCGUCCAAACGUCAACGAGCUGCCCACGAUUUAUCGCGAAUUAGGACAAGAAUACGAUGAACGUGUCUUGCCUUCCAUCGUGAACGAAGUUCUCAAGAGUGUGGUCGCCCAGUUUAACGCCAGCCAAUUGAUUACCCAGCGAGAAAUGGUUUCUCGACUUGUUCGGGAAAACCUUACUCGGCGAGCUCUCCGCUUCAAUCUUGUGCUUGAUGAUGUUUCUAUCACGCAUGUGGCAUUCUCUCCCGAGUUCACUCAUGCUAUUGCUCAACAAACUGCUCUGAGAGCCGCAUUCCAAGUCGACCAAGCCAUUCAGGAGAAGCAGUCGAUUAUUGUCCGCGCACAAGGAGAGGCCCGAUCAGCCGAGCUGAUUGGUGAAGCUGUCAAGAAGAACAAGGGCUUCCUCGAGCUGAGACGGCUGGAAGCUGCCCGAGAUAUCGCCAACAUUCUUGCCACUAGCGGAAAUCGCGUUAUGCUGGACGCCCAAAGUCUUCUGCUAAACGUAACCGACGAUACAAAAGAUCUACUUACUGCAAACAAAAAGUGA